UACACGAGCAGAAGAACAACACACGCGUCACGUGACUUGCGUUCGCGGCCUUGCGUCGAGUGUGUUUGUGACUGAAUCGAUUAUCAAACUCCGAGUUUAAUCUCCGGUGUUCCGUGUUCGGGGGUGUGUGUGUGUGUGUGUGUGUGUGUGAAGCCCCGAGCUCCGCUGAUGGCGUCUGGAUCACCGUGUGUGAACAGUCGAUGGGAUCGAGCCUCAGGCGUGGAGGCGGCGGCGGCGAUGGCCGCUAAGAUCAACGCUAUGCUAAUGGCUAAAGGCAAACUGAAGCCCCUGCAGCCGCUGCCCAGUAAAGCGCCCGUCUCUGCUCUCCCGGCCGUCGCUGAUGAGCUCGUUGUGGCAGAAGUCGAUAUAAACGACGUGCCGAUCGACUGCAGGAAUCUGCUGACCAAAGGCAGAACUCAGGAGGAGAUUGCUCAGUUCAGUGGUGCUGCUGUCUCCACUAAAGGCCUCUUCAUGAGCGACGCGGAGCAAUGCAGCGGCGCAGGAGUGGUUCGGCCGCUGUAUCUGCAGGUCCAGGGCCGCUGUCAGGAGGACGUCAACAAGGCCGUGUCCAGAAUAAAGCAGAUCAUCUCUGAAGACGUGCUGCGCUCUUCAGGAGGACAGACGCCCGCAGUGAUGCCCACUGUGCCUGUGUACCGUCAGCCAAUCACAGCAGCCGCUCCACUCACACCUGCCACUCGAGCCGCCGGAGCGCCAGUCAUCCCUGCACACAAGCCGGCUCCACCACACUCAGGGAGUUUUGUGCACACGAAGAUCUUUGUGGGCCUGGACCAAUCGCAGCCGAGCUUCAGCGUAAACGAGCGCGUGGAGGGUCCGUCGGGCUCGUACCUGCAGCACAUCCAGUGCGAGAGCGGCGCGCGCGUGUUCCUGCGCGGCCGAGGCUCCGGGUACAUCGAGCAGGCGUCCCGCCGCGAGUCCUUCGAGCCGCUCUACCUGUACAUCAGCCACCCGAACGCUGCAGGACUGGAGGCGGCCAAGAAGCUGUGCGAGAACCUGCUGGACACGGUGCGGGCGGAUCACACGCGGUUCAUGUCGGCGUUUCCCUCCACAGGUUCUGCUCCAGUUUACCCGACACACGGAUACUCUGCAAAUAACAGCUACGGCAGCCAGUCCUGGUACAGCUACCCAUCCAACGGCUACUCGAGCUCCUAUCCCACAUACUGGAGUACCGGCAGCGGGGCGACCGGCCAAUCACAGCUGAGCAGUGGAGCGACCGGCCAAUCACAGCUGAGCAGCGGCGCGACCGGCCAAUCACAGCUGAGCAGCGGCGCAGUGCAGUAUCCGGUGCGCCAACAGAGCGCCUUCCUACUGCCGGAGGAGGCAGCAGUGUCAGACGGAGCAGACGGCGGCUCCAGCCCAAAGCAACACACUGCAGAAGAGGAGCAGAAAACACAGAUCUGCACAGAUGUUCCAGUGGAGGACGUCAGUGCUGUGGAGGACUGCAGGACGUUGAUGCCGCCGCCGGCUGCUCCAAUCAGGAAGAGAUUACGAGAAGAGACCUGCAGCAAAACCCUCACACACACAGCCGCAGAACAGCAGAUGAAGAAGCUGAAGACUCCCGAAGACUCCGGCAGCUGCUCCGGCCUGGUCCCGUACGGAGGCGACUCGUCGGACGAGGAAGAGGAGCGCGUGCGCGGCGGGAGUAAGAGCGCGGUCUGAACACACACAACUGCAGCGGCACAGACUUUAUUUCCUCAUGUUUUACAGCACUGAUGUGUAUCUGUUCCUAUGGAAUAAUAAAGAAGUAAGCGGCA